ACUACGCUGCCCAGCAACAUAGUUGCAUCACUAGCUAAACGCGAAAUCAAUCCACUUAGUGACGCCUCAAUGCAGGGAGAGGUGAUGGAGGCUGUUCGCAGAGUGCAAUGUGAAAGCAAUAAGGAGACCUGUCUUCAGCAUGAUAGUGAAGGCACGAACCAUUCUAACCUUCGCUUGUGUUUGAAUCAAUCCGCCAACGAUAACGGUGGUGACGAUGCUCCGUUCUGUCAUGCUGAAACAAAGUCGGACACUGAAGACGACUUUGAGUUGAUUUUCGCUAACGGGCGGAAGUACAAGCGCUACUUCAAGCGCCACAUCGUCUUCCAACGCCACGUCUGCAAACAGAUCGUCGUAGCGCCAUCCCUGCCCGAUGGAAGUGGGCCAGACCUCUCUCGUCAGGUGGCCCAGGGGCCGGUCCAGGGGUGUCAUUUUGACAACUCGGCGCCUCGUCGUGAGACCCCGACUCCCACGGGCAGCUGCCAACUCUCCUCGUCUGACGACACGGAAAGUGGCCUGCAGGCCACGACUGAGGGCGAGGCUGCGAGCACCUCCACUUCGCACUCACCCCGUCUGUGGGAACCGGUUGGAAAUGGCGAGAAGCCACGCACACCAUCCGCAUCGCCUUUCAACAACACACUGACGAACUAUAUGUACAAAUUUGGCCGAUCAGACCCCCAGGAUUCGGGGUUGGAGAGUCGCAUUUAUCGCAAUUUCGCCGACUUCUUCCACCCCAAGUGGUGCAAGCGAGAGACGGCACAGGGUCCCCACGAACGCUCCAAGACCGUUGCCUACGUCCACAAGUACAGCCAACCGGCUCUAACAGGUCCACCUAUCCAGCACAAUACAUGCGUCCAGGAGACGUGUACGGUUCGAAUGGAGGGUAUGCUGUCGGUCUUAUCGGAUGUCUGUCUGCUGUACUAUACGGAAAUGGAUAAGACUGCUAUGUCCGUUUAUUUCGUUACUAGACUGUGCCAUCGUCUCCGGAACUAG